AGGGCGCCAUUAUUGGAUUCACAGGAUGACUCGGGGGUCCCCUCAUCGAUCGCACAAAAAACAUCAUCACAAAAAUCGUGAUAGGUCUCGUUCUCCUCUGGACCAGAUUUCUGAUAGGACUGCUGCUAGUCGAGAUGAUCAAUCACCUAGUGAUAUUGGAGGCACUGGUGUUGAUAUUUCUCUGUCAAUUGCGGAAACAAAUGCUUUGAGAGCUAAGCUGGGUCUUGCUCCUCUGGAUACUGAUGAUACUACAAAAUCAGAACGAGCAUUAGAUAACCAAGCCGAUUGCUACGUCCAUGCACCGGCUAAAGAUAUCAGAAAAAUAAGGGAAUCAGAAGCAAUCAAGGAAAAGCUAAAUGUCCUUAAAGAGAAAAGGUCACUAUUAGAUAAAAUCGGGCAGGAAAAACUCUCCACUCCCUCUGCACGUGAAUCGGAUGUUCAAUCAUGGGUUGAGAAAAUGCGUGAGAAAGAACGAAUUCAGAAACAAGCAGAAGAAAGAGCUAAGCUGUUAUCUGAGAUUGACGAUCAGUUGGCUGUUUCUGAGUUUGUAGAGUCAAGGUUGAUUCAAAAUGAUAAAAAGUACAAACCCAAUGAUUUGGCUGGUCUUCGCGUCGAACAUAGUUCAUCUCGUUUUGUUGACGGUCAAUCAGUUAUCCUGACGAUUAAAGACUCAGGUGUUUUGGAUGAAUCUGAAGAUGUUUUAGUGAAUGUAAAUAUAAUUGAUGAUGAAAAAGCUGAUGUCAAUAGAGAAAAUAUAAGAAAGACUGCCGGUUUGGCUGGAAUCGAAGAUGAAGUUGAUGAGGAUGUACUUCUUGGUUUACGUUCUAAAGCUGUCCUAAGCAAGUAUGAUUCAGAGAUUAAUGGCAUUAAGAAGGACCACUUUGUUAUUAAUUCUGAUGGCUCUUAUAAUACAGAGGAUGAACGUUUAUUGAAACAACUACAAGCUGAACUCAAAGAAGGAAGACAAUCAUUACCUGAUACUGAGCUUCGUAUAGCUUCUGAGUACUUCAGUUCGGAAGAAAUGGCUGCGAAAUUUAAAAAGCGUAAACGUCGUAUCAAAACUAUUCGUCAAGCACUGACUGCUGAUGAACUUUUGAGUGAAUUGCCGGAACAAUUAAGCUCUUCUGAUUUAGGAAGCCGUUCAACAGUUACAGAAAGUCGCUUAAAUAGUAACAUCCCAUCUGCAAAUGACACAUUUUCUGCUGAAGAAUUUUCUGCACAAAUAAUAGAUGUCAAAGAUAGUUACGAAGAAUAUUGGUCAGCAGCAGAUCAUAUCGACGAACCAGAUGAAUUGAGAAGUGAAUUAGAGAAAACUAUUGGGCGAGUGAUGCAAUCGAAGUCACGGGUUGUUUCUAAACCGGAAGAAAUUACAUCACAACUCUUAGCAAAAAACAUAGCUACCCAUUCAUCCGAAUCCGUGUCACAGUCACUUGUGUCUGAUACAUCAACAAAUAAUAGCAAGAAAGACAAUGUUGUGUUCGACUCUACUGCAGAAUUUUAUAAGUCGAUUGGUAUUGGUUUUCAAGAAAGUAUGAAAAGAAAUACUCGUUACAAUCAAUUCUUACAAAACCAAUCUAGAUUACAGAAUAAUGGCGGGGCAGUUGGUACUAGUGAUGAUGAUAAUACGAGUUCAUCACCUACAAGAUUGCCGUAUAAAGAGGAAGAAGAACGAAAACUGGAUUAUGAUUCAGAAGGUAGUUAUCAUAUGAAAAGUGAAGAUUAUGACACAAAUUAUGACGAUACAAAGUUGGAGGCAUCAAGUGAUCGAUGGCAUACCGUCGGCAAUGAUAUUCUUGGGAGUUCAACUCGAACUGUACCGAAACCAACAGUCAAAAAGUCUGGACAGGAACAUUUUAAAGUAGAAAAUAGUGAUAUACACGGAGUUUUAGAUGAUGAACCACGUCUAGAUGCAGGGGUAUUUUCAGCCAUUCGGUUGGCUGAGAAAAAAGGUUAUAUUGAUAAAGAGAAAGAGAAACGAACUGGUUCAGGAACUAUGGUCAAUUUAAUGGCUAAACACUUUGUCCAAGAAGAUAUACGCUAUGAUGAUAUUGAUGCGAAAUUUUACAAACGCGAUCGUUACUCUGGUCCAUUAUCAGAUUUUAAAGAGUUAACGCAAUAUAAACCGGAUAUUAAAUUAGAAUAUGUUGAUGAGCUAGGACGUGAUUUAAGUGCUAAAGAAGCUUUUCGUCAAUUAAGUCAUAAAUUUCAUGGAAAGGGUUCCGGUAAGAAUAAAACACAGAAACGUAUGAAAAAAAUCAAUGAAGAAUUUCUUCUUAAGGCCAGCACCAGUUCAGAUACUCCAUUGGGAACAGUGAACAAAUUGAAUAAAAAACUAGAAGCAAUGUCCAUGCCUUAUGUAAUUUUAAGUGGAAAAAAUGCAGCUGUUGAACGAGAACACAAGCGGGGACAACCAAAUGUAUUUGAACACAAAAUUACAGAACGUCUUAGUAAAAUCUAAGAACCAUACAGUAAAUACUUCAUUUGCGAAGUGUCGAUCAAUUGUCUCAGACUUUACUGUUCCCUCAUUUUCACACCAAUCAUUGUUCUUGUUCUCUUUUGUUGGAUCUUCUUAACCUUCUGCCUCCAGGUAUUUCACUUUCAAUUGAUGAUACAUACUAAUAUCUAUCGACAUCAGUAGCACACACCACAGAAGGACUGUCUAGUUCGAACUAAAUGUAAAAGCCACCCUGACCUACUUACUGAGUAUAUUUGGGGACUUCAAAAUAUCAUGUAUGUAAAUACAAUUUAACCAAAAUCAUAUGUAUGAGCUGCUUUUCACGUAACAGAACAGAUAAAUGAACAAUGAAACUAAAAGUCGUCAAUUGAUUGACCAAUUUUUUUUCACUUCCUACAAUUGUAACCAAAUUUUAAAUUUUAAAAGAAGGAUACCUCAUCAAGAAGCCCAAGAAAGGUAAUCUCAACAAUUGUAAGAACAGAGGCAUCACACUACUGUCAGUACUAGGGAAAGUUUGCAAAUGAGUAGUGUUGAACCGGAUGAAAGAUUCAGUAGAUGUCCAACUUCGAGAUCAACAGGCUGGUUUCCGUAAGGAUCGAUCGUGCACGGACCAAAUCGCACCACUACGUAUUAUUUUUAAACAGUCAAUUGAAUGAAACUCAUCACUAUACAUCAACUUUAUUGACUAUGAGAAAUUAUUUGACAACGUGUGUAAGAGAACCUUAUAGAUCCUCUUUCAGCAUUAUGGUGGACUGGAAAAUGUGGAAACUUUCACGUACCUGGUCAGUAUUAUUGAUAAACAAAAGGGUUCUAGAGCAGAUAUGAAGACAAGGAAUGACAGAGCGAUGACAGUAAUCUUACAAGUGAGUAACAUGUGGAACUCAAGUCAACUUUCAGCAAUAUAGUCAGAAUUUUUAACACUAACGUUUAAACAGCUCUAUUGUACGGAGUUGAGACUUCAAGCACUACGACAACUACCAUCGAACAGCUGUCUACGCAAGAUACUCCAGACCCAUUGGUCGUAUACCAUCAGCAACAACCUACUGUGGGAGAGAACAAACCAACUUGCCACUGAAGAGGGAAUCAGGAAGAGGCACUGCAGAUGGAAGGGAUAUAUUACGGUAACCAUCAAACUGCAUCACUAGGCAAGCCAUAACUUGGAAUCCUCCAGUUAAAAGAAAAAGAGGUAGACUGAAAGAUAAACGGAGACGAAAAUUAUAGCCAAACAUAAAAGGCAUGAACAACGCUUGACAAUGCUGGAAGAAGAACCAAGGACAGGAUUGGUUGGAGACUCCCGGUCAGAGGUAAUUUUCUUAGCACAAAGACCAAUGAACAACAACACAAGACGUUAAUACUUAUUGGUCCUUUAGCUACUAAUUCAGUAGCCAAUUAGAAGAUGAAGACGAAAGGAAGAUUAUUUCUCUUUUGUAUUCCAUUAAAUUACUACUUAAAACGCAUAAAAUAAAAUCUUGAAAUGACGGACCAUACAAUACACCAAAUAAAAUAUCUUACCAUAAAUAGUAGAGAGCGAUACAAACAGUAUAUAAUUAGCGAUAACUAAGAAAUAGUAAAACGUACAGCAUUAGUUAAUAGGUCCACUGUAAGCUUACAAUAAGAGGAAUAUAGAAAUGCAACAAUAUAGUUAUCUACUAAUUAAACAACACAAAUACAGAUGAUAAUACCUCGAAAAAUACUUCCAACUUUCCCAUUAUUUAUCCCGUUGUAAGAGUUUAUUCAAACUAAUAGUAAAUUGUCACAAGUAACAUUGUUUCUUUGUUUCAUUCAAAAUUGUAACAAAGAGCAAUUCCUUAUCUUAGUUUUGAUUAUCAAGUAAUUAACAAGUGUUUUACUUCUAGUUGGAACUGUUCAACUAUGCAUAGUUUUAAUUUUGGUGAUCAUAGAGUAAAUACCAAUACUGUAAUUAUUCUAGUUAUUAUCAGCAACUAGGUCUUGGUUUCAACUGGCUAGUAAUGAUUAAAUUCUGAUUUUUUGUUACACAUUAUGGUAGCUUGUAAAAUGGUGUUGAUUGUUUGCAUAAUUUGUAAUUAGAAAUAGUAAAUUUAUAGAUUUCAUAACUGUUCUCACACCUACUAACCUUUCUAUUUAGUUACCAUUGAUUGAUCGCUAAAUUGUGACGAAUGUCAUAUAUGUCAAGUCGUUCAUAGUGCUGGUCGAAUUCUGUCGAUCAAGUUGCACUGUGGCAACUAGUCUAAGUAACUCGAUGUCGAGUGCAGUAUGUUAAAAUGUAAGAUGAUGGUUAGAGGCAGUGGACAAAAAAUCCUGGACAUGUUUUGUACUAUUCGACACAUGUCAGCAGUACUCUUGAGGGUUUUCUGUUGAUUACCUCCAACCGUCAUUCUACAUUUCGGUAUAAUCUACGCGAUUUCGAGUCACUUAGGCUAGAGACCACAGUGCAACUUGAUCGAUAGGAUCCGACUAGCGCUAAGAGGGUUAUUGGUCACCACUUAGUGACCAAUCAGUUGUAAAUACAUCUCAGUCCACAGAAGGUCAGCUACGGGCCUGAUAGCUCAGUAGUGACGUUUGUGACUGUGAAGCUGGGUGACUUGGGGUCGAAUCUGCUAGGGACCACCAGUUCCUUCAAAACGACAUGUGCAGCUUUCUGAUCAAUGCCAAAUAUCAUGAAACCUAGGUCUAUGGUUUCCUAUCGACUGCUUCUACUUCUUCCAUUUAGCAUGAGUUAUACUUGACUAAGUUGUUAGUAGCUCUUGCGUCGUAAUCGAUGUUCAAAGUUUCAAUUUUAACCAAGUAAUACCAACUGAAUAUUUAAAUUUUCAAACGAGUAAAUAUUCUAUAUCAUAUAAUUCGUUUGAUAAAUUGUCAUGCAGUUUCUAUUCUAAAUGUUUAUACGAUAAUAAUCUACUAGUUUGGAUAAUUCGACUUUUUUAAAGAAAUGUUUGGAUUUAGAUUCACGAAUAGUGCAUUUCGGAUUAAGAGUACAAAACAUCCAUUUAAAUCAUUUGAACAUUUAAGUCAUUUUUGUAACUUGUUUUCAACUACUUAUAUCAAUCAGUAGUAUCUUUUCAUAUGUUAUAAAGUGUAUUGUGUUUAUUUUCUUAUAGAAAGAAGCUGACGAAAUAAUUGAAAGCAAUAGUAAAUAACAAUUUGGAUGUCAUGUUCCAUAGAUGAUAUCAUUUUUCUUACCUGACAUCGAUACACUUGUUCAUCUGUAAUGUGAAUCUCCCUUUAACCAUUAUUUUCUUUUUUUUCUGGAUUGUUAUUUCUUGUGUACAUAUAUAACCAAUUUUAAAAUAAAAACACUUACCUUAUUUGUUUUUUUUAAUCUGCUUUUAAUGUUGUUGCAAUAUUGCUAAAUUGCCUUGAUUGUUCACAUGCAACAUUAGUCAGAUACACUUGUCAAGAUGGAUAUUUCUUUGUUCGUCGUUUGUGACAUGAACGUUUUUGUUGUGAACGGGUAGGUUUUAAAACACUGAAUCCAAAAAGCUCAAGCCUCGUCGAUAAUGAUUUGGUCAUAUAUUCUAAUAAUUCUUCCCUUAGCAUAGUUACGUCAAGAUCCAAAAGUUUGUUUUCCUCGGUGUAGUAAACCUAUUUAUUUAAAAGAUUUGUCCAUUUCUCCAUUUUUGCUCGGAAUUCCAUUGAGUAUGUUUUAGAGGUAACUCUUUAUUCGUCUGAUUUCUCAGGGGUUGAUCAUAUCAAGUAUGACGACUUAAACUUCUCUGUGUUAAGUUGUAUUUAGGUUAAGACGUUUCCUUUAGGUGUUUGAGACAUUUACAAAAGGUGAUUAGCAACGAAAACGUUUUUGAUAUAAUCUUAAGCAAAAAUCUUAAAUGUAUUUCAGAAUUUUCCUAUCUCUCAUGACAUACUAGAUCAUC